AUGAAUAAUGAACUAAUUGAUGAAAUAGAACAAGAAAUAGAUGGGUUUAAUAAGAAUACGUAUAAAUUAGACUGUAAUAGUAUACAUACGGACGUACAGGAUAUUUCUUAUAGGUUCUCUACAUUAUAUGCACACUUUAAGAGGACAGGAGAUAAAGAUAAGUUAAUUAAGGAAUAUCCAAUGGAAUUCGCAGUACAAAUAAUAUCUGAGAAAGAGGAGAUCUCUGACUGGAUAAGUAUUCUUAAAGAAAUAAUAUUUAAGUCGCUGAAAUAUGAUGAAAUAGUAGAAUUACUGUUGGAAAAGCCUUAUAUAUCACUUGUUAUAAGUGAUGACUCAGAGUAUACUAAGUUAUCUAAGAAGUAUCCUAUAAUUAAAAUAUUAUCGGAGAUUGAAAGAGAAAAAGAAGGGAAAGAUAUUAAGAAAAUCACAAAGAAAAUGGUCAGUGAAUUCCAUCAAAUAUUGCCUAACAGACAGAUUGAGAAAUGGAUAUUUAAGAAGGUUACAUCGUAUAAUGAAUUAAAAUUAGUUAUAGAUGGACUGUUGCCUGUCCUAUCCACAGAAACCAUUGAGAAUGAAUUAGUUAAAAUGAGUGACUGGAAGAGUAUUGAACUAUUCUUAUCAGAAGUGCAUCAUAAAGCAUUUAUUAGAUCUGUGGAUAGAGAUGUGCUGAUUAGUCAUUUUUCAGAGUAUAUUGAUACUGUAUCAAAAUAUAACGGGUAUACACCAUUAGGCAUUGAAUUAAGUGAUGAGGAGAGAGAAGGAUUACUUGAUAUUGCUAAGUGUAAAUUAGAGAGAAGUAAUAAUACACCAGAAGAGGUUCUUUUUAUAGUGUAUGUAUACGGUGACUUACAUGCACAUAUUAAUACUCUAUUCGGAGUAAAGAGUAUAAUAGAAAGUAUCCCAGAAUCAGAUAGGAAAAGACCAAUUAAAGCACUACUGGAGAUACUUUCUGAUAGGAGAGAUACUGUACAGUGCACAGACUUAUUUGGAAUAAUUCAAGUCCUGGACGUAUUUGAUGUGGAUACGACUGUGUCACUACUCCUGUACAGGACAGCUAUUUCAUUAGAUGUACGUGGGUUUAGUAGAGUUAUAUGCAAUGCAGUACUAAAGAAAGAGUCAGGCACUGUAGAGAGUAAAAUGUUAAAGUGCCUGCGUGGGGAUAAUGUAGAUUUAGUGUCAGCAGUGUUUGAGAAGUACUUUAAUGAACUCACACCACAGGAAAUUCUUCUGGUUAUUAAAACUGAGUACGUCGACGUAUUAGUGCCUGGUCUACUGAAUAUAUUCAGUGGAUUAGAACAGAAUAUAAAGAUAGAUAUAAUCAGAGCAGCAGUUGAAAUGUACAGAAUAGAGAAUACUCUUCUUUUUAGUGUACUUAGUACAUCUGUGCCCCUGUCCAUAUUAUUAGAAUCAGUUGUACCUGGGGAUAAGUAUUCUGUACAGCUGAUCCUGGAUACAGUCCUGGCAAGAGUAUCUGCAGUUGAAGAAAGUGUAAGCAUAAAUAAUCCAUCUGGUUGUAAGAGUGAUACUGAAGUAGAGCACAGAAGAGUUGUAUCUUUAUUAUUGGAUACACUCAUCCAUGCCAGGAAGGUGUGUAAUGUAGGAUCAGUUCUGUGCAACUGGGAGAGAAGUAUUCUUCCCAUGAGGGGGAUACCUGGACUUCUUUCAAACAAACUGAAAGUGAAUGGGUCAUCACAAGUUGUUAGAGGACUGGUCAGCAGGUACCUUAAGAAGAAUCUGCCACCAACGGAUUUAUUACUUGCACUUGUCCAGGAUAAAGUACUUGAUAAUUCUGUCCUGCAGAAUGUUCUUAUGCAUAAUCCAUCCUCUAGGAGUAAAGUACUCCUAUUUAGAGCACUUAUUUCUAGACAGCUUAAUGGGAAGAGUCUUCUACUCGUGCUGAGUAUUCUAAAGGAUAAGAAAUCAAGCCUUCUCAGAUAUUACGUACAGUCAAGAUUACAGUAUAUUGUUAAGGCAGUGCUUAAACAGAAAGAUGCCCACUUUGCACUUGUUCUGAAGAUUAUGUGUAACUUAGUGGGAAGAGAGAAGAAUGUCAUGCACCCGUACACGCACUCAUUAAUGGGCUUAAUCAAACAAACAAGAAGAAAGGAGUAUGCAAAGAGACUUACACAAAUCAACUUAAGGUACAUUAUAAAUGCAGUAAGUGAUGAUAUGGACGUACAAAUACUUGAGAAGUACGUAAAUAAUAAAGUGUCAGAACUUGAACCAGAAGAAGUUAAAGAAUUAACAACUUUCUGCAUAAACAGGACUGAUAAAGGCAGUGCACUAAGAAUACUAGUUGAACUGUUCUCUGUAAUAGAGAAUAAACAAGCCGUAUGGACUGAUUUACUAAGAAAAACAGAAGGAUUCACGCCUAAAUUCAUACACACUUUACACAGAAUGUGUAGGUUAGACAGAAAGGGGGCAUGCACUGGCUCACUCUCAUUAAUAUACUCUCGGUUAGAAGAUAUGCUGAUUAAUGCACUAAACACGGAUAAGUCACCAGAAAUAAUUAGCAUAAUGAAAAGGUUCUUUAUGCAUGAGAAGUCCACACUUAUUUCAAUUCAAAAGGUUAUGGAACUCUCCAUGCAAGCAAUUUCAACAAGGAAAUCAAUCCCUGGACUUAUUUCUGCACUGUUCUACUCACAGUCAAUAAAUAACCCAUCUGAAGCAGAAGGCAUUAACCAUACAAUUCUGGUUGAUUUAGUGAAAGCAGAUGGCCCCAGGAAGAACAGACUAUUUAAUACGCUGUAUAAGAUAUACAAUAAGAACCCAGAUUUCAUCAGUAGAUUACUAGGACAAAGUGCCCCAUACUUCGCAAUUCUUCUGGAAUCAAAGGAUGCCCAUACUAGGCAUAAGGCAGAACAGCUUAUGAAAAUUAUUAGUACACUUUCAGGUGAAGAUCCAUACAAAUUCUUAUAA